AGUAAAAAUAUGCGUAACAUAAAUAUAUGACUUUUAUUUUGAACGGAAAAGCUCUUGUGUCUUUACUACAUAUCUUCCGGUUUGUUCCUCAUCGGACCAUUUACCCAUCUUAAACAAUCGUCUGCAAAACAUAAGCAUGGACUCCCGACCAGGUCCUAAUAAGAAGGGCAGGCCCGGCGGAAAGAAAAAGCAGCCACCUCCAAUUGUUGACAUAGUCUACACUACCUGGAAUGGAUCUAUCCAGACCAUACCCUCUUUGGAGAAAAAACUGCAAUCAGUCACUGAAACCGUUGUUGGCCUGCAGUAUGUAUGGGAGUAUCGAAGCCCAUCUAGGUCAACUCCUCCGCAUUACCAGUGUAAACUGUGCAAGGUGCAGCGGCUGCAGAAGGAAAUAUCUACUCACAUCAUGGGCUGGAAGCAUAGCUUCAGAUACUUGAAGCAAGUCCACCCAGACAAGGUUCCUUUUGAAGAGGAGGAUGCAGCAACGGAUGUAAACUAUAAAAAAGCUGUUAAAACUGCAGCUGCUGAAGUGCAGCAGGCUGAGGGAAGAGGUCAAGUUAAGAUAGUGCUUAAAGAGCCUUCUGACGUUCCUGCUUUUCAUGGGAUGAAAUCUGCUCAACGCGCCCCGAGAGGAAAUACUGGUAUGAUGGGGCCUGGUCCUCGAAUGUCACAGCAAGAAUUCAUGGGUCAUGGUGGUAUGAGAAGAGGCCCAGCUGACAUGGGGGGCUUCUCUAGCCCAGGUCGCUACGGCAACAACAUGUCUGGCGCAGACAGAGGGAUGAUGGAGAGAGAGCGCAUGCAGAAUUUCUCUGACGAUAUGCACAUGGCCACAGAAGGCUUCGGAAAUGGCCGGCGCAGCGAGGGGAUGGGCAGACCUUUCUGCGAUGAUAUGCCAAUGAAUAGCAGGGAAGACAGAAUGAUGGGUCCAGGCGAUAGCAUUCCUGCAACACUGCUUAAAUAUCUGGACGACUUCCGUAUUGAGAAUGAGGACGAUGCUCAGAUCGUCCUAAAGGUCACACAGAAGCUCACGGAUGUUCUCAUGGAAUACCGGCUCAGGAGUAUUUCAACGAAACCGAUGCCCACAAGCUCUUUCAGCAGCAUGAGUUACUCAUCAUCUCGUGGCCCCCACGGCUCUAAUGACAGAUUCUCAGGUGGCAUGCCAGGUUCAUCAAGAUACUUUAACUGAACAUUCAUUUUGAACUAUGAAGACUAGGAUACUAGCUUCUAGACUGUUUGUUGUAGGCAUUUUGAUAUGUUUUUUUUGACUGUAUGACCAAACAAUUUUUUUGGACUUUUAAGCUGUUUUGAUUUUACAAUAUGUAGAUAGUCAUUUAAAUGUUUUCAGUUUUUCUUAGACAUGUUCAAGGAGCUUGAUAUUGUUGUGCUGUUAUUUGUAAUAGCAACACAAUCUUAAAGAUUACAUUUAACCUGUGAUUUAUUUAGUCAUUUUGUCUGCUUGUUUCUAAAGGUAUGUUUUGUUGCCAUGACAUUUGAAAUAAAUCAAGUCAAAAAGUUGA